AUGCGUCAGUCAAUGAUGGCACCCCAAGAGGACAGCAAGAAGGAAUCGAAGCACGACUGGUGCGCCGAGUUCUGUGAUGCGUCGGCGGUGCAUGGUAUGCCAUAUUUGGCCAGGCGGGAUCUGCACUGGGUGGAGCGUCUGUUCUGGCUGCUGAUGGUCCUGGCCUCGGCGUACUAUGCCAUCAGCAGCUGCUACUCGCAGUGGGAGCGUUUCCGCAAUAAUCCAAUUGUCUACGAGUACGAAUAUCUUUUUGCGCUGCGCAACUUCACCUUCAUUGGGCUGACAUUCUGCACAAAGUACGAGACGGAGCAGCAGGUGGCAAAGUUGAUCAGAACCACUUGGUCAGUGGAUGCCACGCAGGACCCUGUUAAGGCCGCCUACUACAAGGAUUUCCUUUAUGUUCUGAAUCGUUUGCGCUACAAUAACAUGGAGACACUCAAACCCUUUGAGAACGACAGCACUCUGAACGAUUUGGCCUAUGUGGAUAUGCUGCUGCAGCUGCAGCAAAAGGUGCUGCCACAUCCCAAGCCUGUGCUCAUGGCGCCCAUUAUCACAGAGGCGGGUCUGUGUCAGACCACAAGCCAGUUGACACGCUAUGGCAAUCCCUAUGGGCAGAUCCAAAGCCUCAAUGUAACACCUGUGCGGCAGUGUGGCUUCUUCAAUGAAUGUCAGUUCAUGCACAAACCCUUCAACAGCAUUCAGACGCACGUUUAUCUGUUUCUGCACGAUGUCCAUGAACUGAUGCUGCCCUACGAUCGACGCACUGUCUUCUUUGAUGCCAGGUCGAAGAGCUCCUAUGUCCUCAAGCUGCUGGUCAGCUCCAUUUCGGCGGACAGGGAAGUGCGCAAUCUGCCGGUGGCCUAUCGCAAGUGUCGCUACAACGAUGAGAAUAAUUUGCAAUACUUCAGCCCCUAUCAUCCCAGCCUGUGCCGCCUGGAGUGUCGCAUCAACUGGGCCCAGAGCUUGUGCCACUGCAAGCCCUUCUUCUAUGCCGCUGCCCCACAGGUGCCCAUCUGCAAUGUGACGGGCAUGCUCUGCCUGGCCGAGUCCAAUUGGCUGGACAAGCCCUGCCACUGCUUUGCCCUGUGCCGCGAGACAACCUACAGCAUCAUCGAGGAGUACGAACAGAGCGGAGGCGAUCAAAGCUACGUGGGUGAACAAUUCGAGCGUACGAUCAUAAUUAAGUUGGAACUGCCCAAAAUGGGCAUGAAGCGGCGGGUGGUCUUCAGCACGGAUCAGCUGAUAAUGUCCUUUGGCGGCGCCAUUGGCCUGUUUCUGGGUGCCAGCUUUAUGACCAUCUAUGGGCUGAUUUAUUUAUUGCUCCACUUUCUGGUUGUGCAAUGCAAAUGUCGAAACAAAGUUUUUCAAACUUAAGGAACACUUUUUGUUGUUAAAAAUUUAAACUUAAACUUAAAGUAAACAUUUUCAGCUUUCGCUA